AUGCCCAACCAGCAACCCAAACCACAAACAAAACCUCGCAAACCUCUAGAACAUCUAUCCAACAUGAACAAAGACUCGUCCUUCACGUACGUCCACAUGACGACGCCUUCCAACACAGACCUCUUUGAGGACUUUUGCAAGGACAAGCUGCCGUCUGAUGAAAUCUUUGUCCCGCUGCAGCAUCAGCCGCUGAAUCCGGAGGAUGAGGAUGACGUUGUUCCGGAUCAGCAUGCUGCGUUUGGAAUCACCCGCGCGACGAGGGAGGUGAAGGGGGCGGCGUGGAAGGAUUUGGGGCUGGGGGAGUUGAUGAGGAGGGGGCCGCCGAAGGGGAGUUCUGGGAGGGGGUUGAAGGGAUUGCCUAGGUAG